AUGGGUCUCUUGUUUUCUAUCCCCCUCGCUGGUCCGCUUGGGACUAUCGCAGCAUCAUGCCUCGGAGGUCUUGCAUUUUGCUUUACUUCAACUGCUGCAUCCAUGUUUUGCAAGUCUUGUAACUGCAAUUCCUCGAUAGCGACGAGAGUCGGUUUUGCAAUAAUCUUCAUUUUGAAUUCCCUGCUAGCAUGGCUCAUGAAGACUCCAUUUGCAAUUCGCAAGAUCGAGCAUUGGAGUUAUGACUACAUAAAGAUGGAGUGCGAUGGCGAUGACGGCAAGUGUUAUGGCGUUUUGGCAGUCCAUCGCAUUUGUUUCGCUUUAUCUCUAUUUCAUGCGAUCCUGAGCUUGUCUCUCAUUGGUGUCAAAGAGUCUAGGGAUAAACGCGCAGCAAUACAGAAUGGUUGGUGGGGCCCAAAGGUUCUGCUGUGGAUUUUGCUCGUCGUUGUUUCAUUCUUCAUACCGAAUGAAUUUUUCAUGUUCUGGGGCAACUACGUUUCUCUUAUAGGUGCCACUAUAUUCAUCCUCCUCGGUUUGGUUCUCCUGGUCGACUUCGCCCACUCAUGGACAGAAAUGUGUCAGGAAAACUGGGAGAACUCAGAUUCGACUUUAUGGCAAUGGAUCCUCAUAGGCUCUACUGCUGCGAUGUAUGUGGCGUGUAUCACCCUGACUGGCAUUCUAUACGCCUAUUUCGCAAGUUCCGGAUGCACCCUUAACCGGUUUUUCAUCUCCUUAAACCUAGCCCUUUGCAUCAUUGUCACUAUUAUGUCCAUACAUCCUACCAUUCAAGAGUCAAAUCCUCGAUCGGGCCUCGCUCAAUCCGGAAUGGUUGCUGCAUACUGCACCUAUCUUGUUGUCUCCGCCGUCAGCAAUCACGCACACAAAUCUUGCAAUCCGCUCAGCCGGACUGACACGACCACGGUUGUUCUUGGUGCAGUUUUUACUUUCUUGGCUAUCGCCUAUUCUACCAGUCGCGCCGCGACACAGAGCCGUGCAUUGGUGGGCAGGGGAAAGAAAGGUGGCCCAAUUCAACUUCCAGUCGACGUUAGUGAGCCUUCGGAAAUGGACGUAGUUAGCACUCAGCCGGGAAGGACUGAAUCACCAAGAUAUCAGGCUCUCCUCGCUGCUGUCGAGGCUGGAGCAAUCCCUGCAUCCGCUCUGGAUGAAGAGGAUGACGAAGAUGAAGAUGAUGACAGUGGAGAUGCCAAAGACGAUGAACGUUCCGGCACGAGAUACAAUUAUUCUUGGUUCCAUGUUAUCUUCGCUAUUGGUGCAAUGUAUGUUGCAAUGCUCCUUACUGAUUGGAAUGUGGUAUCCACAGAACAAGGUUCUGCUGACUCCGAGGAGGUUGUCCGCAUCGGCCGUUCGGAGACCGCGAUGUGGAUGCGCAUAGUAAGCAGUUGGGUGUGCAUGUUACUGUACAUGUGGAGCUUGCUUGCGCCUGUGUUGAUGCCAGAUAGGCGAGUUUGGGGAUAUGUGAAGUCCACUUUGCUUACUUCUUCAUCUUAUUCUAAUACGAACUAUCAUCAAACUUUGGAUUAA